CUUCAAAGGGUUCUGGAGAGACAGACCGAAGUUAGACUAGACCCGUGAGCGGUCCCUGAGUCUUCGACUUCACCUUCGUCUUCUUCUCCUCUUCAACCCCGCCUGACACACUCUCGCUCAUCGACAACGGGAUAACCAGGAAUAAAGCAGAUUGUUUAACCUGCAAUUCGAUGCAGCAGAUCCAGGCAAUUUCUAUCCCGAUUAAAACAGUCUGAUUCCACCUUUCACCCGUCCUCCUGAGCCUCUCACGGCUGUGGCGGCCUUCUUCCACCCAUCGCGAUAGCCUGCGAAUCGUCCAUUUCAACCAUUGCGACCAUCCUCAUCCAGUUCAUUGCACCCCAUUACAGUGUUGUAGUGGCUGGCCAGAGACCACUCUUUGGUCCUGGCAUGAUCCGUGGAAAGCUCAGCGAAUCUCCCGCAACCUUGAUCGCCGGCGUCACGGCUCGCCCAGACAAGCCAGUUCCGUCUGACUGCCUGGGAACUUCAAUCGAUUGGGACGCCGUUGUCAUCCAUAUAUGUCGGCAUAGUCGGCCUACAGCAUAAAACUAUUUCGCGCGCACGUUCAAAGCGAGAGAAGGGGUAGCUUGGUAGCGAAGGAACCUCCCCACCGGUGAAGCCUGCCAGGAGCUCCGAUUACUACGUCGUAACUCGCGGUCACUUGGAUUCGAAAACCUUGCGAAUCUCCCGGCCUGUAUCUGCCACUUCCGCACAUCCGAUCGACUUCAAACAAAAUCGCACGAGCCGACGAAAACUUUGAUUUAUUCCUCCUUUUCUUUCUUUCUUUCGAAACCCUCUGUCGCGUGGUGAUUCAAUCCUCUUGCGGCAGCCGGACAUCCCUUGCCUGCACACUGGAGUCGAUGCUCGAAGUGUGACGUCUCGAUUUCGCUGCUUGUCGCAUGUCGCAUACCCCUCCUUUACGACCGUCCAAGACAGUGUCUUCCAAACCAUAAGAUAUAUAAAGCUGAGAACCCCGUCUCUUCCUCUGGCGUCGCCCUCGGUUCCUCCAACUCGCGAACCAUGUACGCUCUCGAGCAAGAGAGGUCCCAUCCCGUUCCGCCACCUCCUCCGCUCUCUAUGGAUCGCAUCCCUCCUCCGUCUUCUGCGUAUCCGACUCCAGGAUCGGCCGGCCCGCUACGCUCGUCGGACUACCUCGCUCCAGUUUCAACCAUCCACGAAGGCCGCAUUUGGUCAUUACAAGUGGUUCAGCAGCCCAUUCGGGCUCGCAUGUGUGGGUUUGGCGACAAGGAUCGCAGGCCCAUUACCCCUCCUCCGUGUAUCCGUUUGAUCGUGAGAGAUGCGCAGACCGAGAAGGAAAUCGAUAUCAAUGAGAUCGACACUUCGUUCUACGUCCUGACCGUCGACCUGUGGAAUGCAGAAGGAACGUCGGAAGUGAAUCUGGUUAAGCACUCGGCAACUUCUCCAUCGAUAUCCACGGCGACGUCCUCGUCAUAUCCUCCUCCGCCGCAGAAUUUCUCACCUACCUACCCGGCCUAUGCACAAUAUGGCGCUGCUGGCCAGGCAGUGGCCUACCCCAUGAAUAGCUACUACGGGGGGAAUGCUCAGCUGGCAUAUCCGAACCCAUACACCGCAAGUCCCCAGGCGUCGUACUACCCACAGUACUAUCCGAGUGGUGGCCACUUACCCCCGGCCAAUCUCUCACCUGCAACUCCCGUACAACCCGUUGCCUCGGGAGGGAUGUACACACGGAAUCUGAUCGGGAGUCUCAGUGCCAGUGCAUUCCGGCUGACAGAUCCGGAUAACAAGAUCGGUGUUUGGUUUAUCCUACAGGAUUUGAGUGUACGGACAGAAGGCACCUUCCGCCUCAAGAUGAAUUUCGUCAACGUGGGAACCCAUUCUUCCGAUUCCGCCAACGGGGCCCCUGUAAUCAACCACGGCUCGGCCCCCGUUCUCGCAUCUGUUUUCUCGGAGCCAUUCCAAGUGUUCUCGGCCAAGAAGUUCCCGGGCGUCAUCGAGAGUACACAGUUGAGCAAGUGCUUUGCUCUGCAGGGAAUCAAGAUUCCAAUUCGAAAAGAUGGUGUCAAGGGUUCGCGAGGACGAGCUGCUGACGCUGACGACGAAGGAGAUGAUUACGAGUAGAGUAUUGGCAAGAUGGCUGGGCCAGACCAUGCGAAUAUGGCAUGGAAUAAUUAGAAUGCCAGACGACGGCAUAAUGGGAUAUCCUUCUGUUUCUGUUGUUACGCAUCUGGGUUAAGACGUCGGGGUUCCGGUUCCGGUUUGCGGUGUUGUUCUUCCUGGGCAGGGUACUGGUUUUUUUAUUUCCGUCUGGAGUGGGCUGUAUUGCUACGGGGUCUGAGGCUGUUGUAUUCGUUCUGUCUUCUUUAUUAAUUGUUCUUCUCUGGCACUGUCUGUUUUUGCCCUGGGCAAGACAGGACAGGCCCAUUCUACCCUGCUAUUCUCUACGUUUGGUGUAUUUGAAAUUAGGUCUGGCCGCUGUUCUGGAUACGACGCGCAUAUAAAGAAAGGAUCAGCACGAUGCUCGCUAUGUCUCUGGUUUAAUAUAUGAUUGUAGUAGGCGUCGUCCAUGAAUCCCCGACCUCAACAUCCAGCUGCAUCGAUU